AUGUCCGAGCUCAGCCAAUUUGUAGUCUCCAUUCCCUUGGUCACAAGGAGUAUGACGCUCACCUCCUUGGUAAUGAGUGGGUUGAAUGCCCUCAAUAUUGUGCCAAUUACUACAUUCAUAAGUGAUUUCCCCACUAUCUGGAAGAAGCUGGAACUCUAUAGGCUCUUGACGGGGUUUCUCAUUCCAAAUCCUCAGGCCAUGCAGGGCAUGAUGGAGAUAUACAUGAUGUACAGCUUCUCUAGGGGGAUCGAAGAGGGUAAAUUCAAAAAGAAUCUUCCGGACUAUCUGUACUAUCUGGGAAUUGUGCUACCGACGAUUUUGGUUGGCGUUUUCCUUAGUAUGCCACCCUUGUAUUCACUGAGUCCGGCGUUGCUUUCGGCAUUGACCUUCACCUGGUCUGUUCAUAACUACAGCGAACAAGUCAACUUUUACUUUAUGCCUAUCCGGGCUUCCUUGUUGCCUCCAGUGUCUCUUGGUUUUAGGUUGUUGGUGGAUGGUCAAACGAGUUUCUUCCUCUCCUUGAUUGGUACCGGUGCGGCUUAUGUGUACAAUUGUCUGGAAACGCACUCCUAUGGCCCGUUGGUGUCCAUCAUUACCGGUAAACAGCCCGAAAUUGACAGAUCCAAUAGCAGACUCGGAACUGUCCAUACAAGCACGCAGACGUGGUUCUACUCAACCGGGUUUUUGGAGGCCCCAGAGUGGUUGGUGAGAGUCGUUUCAAGAUUAACGGGGACCGACUAUACUUCCCCCAUUUACAACCGCCGUGGGUUUGCUGUAAAGAGACGUGAAAGUGGAGGCUCGGGACCAAACAAUUUCUCGGGGAGAACUACGGGGAAGUCAACUGCUACCUUUAGAGGCGAAGGUAGAAGACUAGGCACUUCUUCCAACUGA